UUUAGCAGCAUAUUGGUCCGGUCCUUAAGUGGUUAAACCACAAUACAUUUGCCUUCCACUCUGACUCCAAUAUGGUAAAAAUUCAUGGGAGACAAAACUGUCCUUCUAUUCCACAUAAUGCUUCGAAGAGAAGAUGGAAAUUCUUAAAUAAUAAUCUUGCAGAAUUACAACUGAAUUUUGUGUUUUGCCUGAAGUGUUUUUUUUUUAGUGGAUUACCUGAACCAUCUGCUGAAUAAUAGGCAAUGCACCUCCACAUCAAUGUAAACACAGGAGUUUAUUGAUGGCUGGACAGGUGGCCUAGCAGGUACAAUUUGCUCCACCUUCUCUAUCAUUUGCACAAUGAAUUGAUACAUUCCAACACAAGAUCUUUGUCCAGGACCUGCAACCAUGACAGCAGCAUACAACAAUCACACCCCAUAACUGACUAAAUCACACCUACAGGCUCUGCAAACACAUGGGCCAAAAACACGCCUCACUAGUGGCUGCAGAUGACCCAAAGAGAACAUCAGUGUUACAUCCAUAAAACCUCCCUGGCUGGAUAGAACAUGCAAAUGAAUAUGCCAAACUAUCUGCUGCUGUCAAGUUUUAAAAAGAGCCCUGUGUUCAGAAAAAAUACUGUGAUAUAAUGAUUAAAAUAACACAGAGGGAAUCACCUGGAAGCCAUGUUAAUGGAUGUUUCGAACACCAGUAACAAAAGUUUAGAUGGAUUCUACAAUGAUCUUCGCAGAAAAUAUCCCAACACAUUCACUGUCGCAACUGAGCUGGGCAAAGGAGAUGGAUCAGUUCAUAAACUCCCACGUCUGGAUAGAACACCUUCUCCGGCACCACAGGGGAUUCUACCCAGUCCCUUUAGCAGUGGUCCUCAGAGAUGGACUCCUGACAGUUUCCUGUCCAAGGUGAAGUUACAAAAAUUUCAAAAUGAGCAGAAACAGGAAGUGGAAACGUUCCCAAGGAAUGCAGGCGCUGUCAUUGUCCGGGAUAAAACCAAACUUGUGCCCAUAUGGAAUAAAAGGGAAUACUUGGCUGCUCAGAACCAGGCUUCAUUUCAUCUGCCAAAUCUACACACUCAAGUUCAGCAAAACAAAGCUGAGCUACAAAACAGGCUGAAAGUCAACAAUGAGGUGAAGAAUAUUCAAAGCCCUACAGUAAUACUAAGCAAAAAACAAAAACCAGCAGAGAUCAGGUCUUCUAAUGAAAGUAUAUCUACUGGAGAUCGUUCAGUAGCACCUGCAAAUGUUUCCAAGCCUAAGCCUGAUGCUUUGGGAACCAUCAUGAAAGAACUUUUGCCCAGCAAACCUGGAAAGUUAAUGACAGACCAGCCCAAGAACAAUGACUUCUUAUACAGGAAUGGUACUGCUGUAUCAGACGAUGACUCUGGCGUUUCCAUGUGCACACCCAUAAAAGUAUUCCGGCCAAAAAUCAGGAGUCCUCAUGAUGCUCCCGCUUCAAGUGACAUAAUUAAAAAAUUCUCUGCCAAGCCAAAGGCACACGCUGGACCAAUGAAGGCAGAUCAUACAGUAUUACCAGAGAAUGUAACACAAAUUGUAAAUGUGGGGGAAAGUAGUGAAAAGAUUUUCAUGAAGAAGAGCGCCAUCAACUACGAGAGGAUACAACAGAGGCCCAACACAGCAAGGGUGCACUUUGAAGAUGAAUCGGAACACGAGGCAGAGGUUCGCUACCAAGAAAGACAUCUGUUAGACAGAACUCAUACAACUAAAAUAAGAUCGGAUAUUUUGCCAAAACCUCAGGUAAAGUCUCUGGAAAGGAUCAGGACACUUGAAUCAGCCGAGACAUCUGCCUCACCAUCGACUGCUGAAAGGUCAACAACAGCUGGACAAAAGACUGCAAACCUUCCGUACAGACGUCAACCUUUCCCACCAAACGUAGCAAAAAAAGUGUUAAUUGAUAUUCCGAGAAGUGGUCUUCCCAGCAGGCGACCUGUUCCAAUGCGGACAUCUCAAGCCAUGAAGGACAAGCAGUUAUCUUCUAGUACUGGCAAGGAGGCCAACAGUCUUGAUGGAAUCACUAUGAGCUUCACCAGUACCAGCCAGGAGUGGAAGGAACAAAAUCCAAGUACCUCAGAAAGUAAAGAAGAAAUUAAAAGCAAUCGCAGCUUUUCAUCCCUGGAGACCAUUGGCAGCGGAAUCACAGAAGUUUCCUCUGAACUGACUAUAACAACGCUGGAAUGGAGAGGUUCUGGAUCUUCCAUUGGCAGUGAAAGUCACACAAGACCUUCAUCUCAAAACCAAACCCUCAAUCGAAAUCAUCCAUCAUUGGGUGGAGAGGUCUCCUUCUACAGCAGAGUGAAGAAGAGCCUUCAAGUGAAGAUGAAAAUGAGCCCUGACACCAGGAUGAUGAAUGACACUUACCAAUCAGAGAGGGAUUAUUCUGAUUCUAGUUCACAGCAUUCCAAAUCUAUGGAGAUGGGUCAGGGCUCGGAUGUUUCAGUAGAACUUGAUAGACGAGAAAAAGUUGCAUCUCACGGAAAAUCAAACCCGCAUGGUGCCACUAGUCCCCGCCAGGUUAUAAUGAGAGAAAACGAAAGCAGCAGUAUCAGCCAAGAUAGGAUGAAGAUGGAUGCGGAGGCACAGAAAAAGGAUAGAGACGUUCCAAUGAAGGCCCCGUUUUUGUCUAUGAGAAUGAUGCAGUCUUUAAUGAAGAAGGGGCGAGCCAAAAAUUACGUGGUCCAUGUGCCCUCCCCUCCUUCACUGGAAUCCAGGCCAUCAUCCGGUCAACCAGCAAUUUCUGGCUCACGUGUCAAUAAGGUGAAAAGAGACCAGGUCACAGAACGAGCAUCUGCCAGAACUCUAGCAGUACAAUCUGAUUCUAGCCGCCUGGUCGAGCUGCAGCGCCCAAAGACUGGAUUCAGCGGUCUGUAUCUUGCUCAGAGGAUCAAGAAUCACCAUACAGGGUUGUUCGUGGUUCAGCUGAGCGGAGCCUUCACCUCAUCAUUUCCACAGGGAGUGCUGGAGGUGGGAGAUGAAAUCUUAGAAAUAAAUCGGAGGCAAGCCAAGGACCUAAGCAUGGAGGAAAUCCAAUCUCUUCUGGAGGAAAGCAGCUGUGUCCUCCUUCGUGUGCUCCCCUUGGCUCAUGGCCUCUGACUGCAUCAUCAUAGUGUCCAUCCAGUUAUCCAUUCCGACUAAUAUGUCACUUAGACCAACGAAGACACUGAGAUUGCUGUGUGUCCGUCAGCAGUCAGACAUGUCAUUGAUGGGUUGAAUCGUUCCGUGUUUAGACCUUUCUAAUUCCGAGCACCAAGGGAUCACCAAACAUGCUGAGUGACCAAAUCCAUCAAAUCAAACUGAACAUUUAGAUUAGACCAGUGAAAUGUCCUGACCACUUUUAUGGCGCAGUCCCACAUCUAUAGAUGACCAGCAUGCAGUGCCCCCUUUU